AUGGAUUCGGCGAGGCAGGUUUUCACGGUGGACCUUCUAGAAAGGUACGCCGCGAAAGGCCGCGGAGUCAUCACGUGUAUGGCUGCCGGAAAUGACGUCAUUGUGCUCGGAACUAGUAAAGGUUGGAUAAUCCGGCAUGAUUUCGGGGUCGGAGAUUCGUUCGAUUUUGAUCUCUCUACGGGUCGUCCGGGGGAGCAUUCGAUUCAUAGAGUUUUUGUUGAUCCUGGAGGGAGCCACUGUAUCGCCUGCAUUGUUGGUACCGGUGGUGCUGAUACUUUCUAUAUGCAUGCGAAAUGGAGCAAGCCGCGUGUUUUGACCAAGUUGAAAGGCCUUGUUGUGAAUGCUGUUGCCUGGAACAGACAGCAGAUUACAGAAGUUUCGACAAAGGAAGUUAUUCUUGGUACAGACAACGGACAACUUUAUGAGAUUGCUGUGGAUGAGAAGGAUAAGAAGGAGAAGUAUGUGAAGUUUCUUUAUGAACUAAUUGAACUUCCUGAGGCCUUCAUGAGUUUGCAGAUGGAAACUGCCACGAUUCUGAACGGAACUAGAUACUAUGUGAUGGCUGUUACUCCUACACGACUCUAUUCUUAUACAGGAAUUGGAUUGUUGGAUGCAAUUUUUGCUAGUUACUUGGAGCAUCCGGUGCGUUUCAUGGAGCUUCCCGGUGAAAUACCUAACAGUGAAUUGCAUUUCUAUAUCAAGCAAAGACGAGCAGUACAUUUUGCAUGGCUUUCUGGAGCUGGAAUCUAUAAUGGCGGUUUAAAUUUUGGUGCUCAACAUAGUUCUUCAACUGGAGAUGAGAAUUUUGUGGAGAACAAGGCUCUUCUGGCAUAUUCAAAAUUGUCUGAGAGUUCUGAAGUUGUGAUGCCCACUUCUAUGGCCGUUUCAGAAUUUCAUUUCCUGCUUCUUAUCGGGAAUAAGGUUAAGGUUGUAAAUAGAAUAAGUGAGCAAAUUAUAGAGGAACUUCAGUUUGAUCAAACAUCCGAAUCAGCUUCAAGGGGUAUCAUUGGAUUAUGUAGUGAUGCCACAGCUGGACUGUUCUAUGCUUAUGACCAGAACUCUGUAUUUCAGGUGUCUGUUAAUGAUGAAGGCCGAGAUAUGUGGAAAGUUUAUCUGGACAUGAAAGAGUAUGCUGCUGCUUUGGCAAAUUGUCGCGACCCACUUCAAAGGGACCAAGUAUAUUUAGUACAGGCUGAGGCUGCAUUUAACUCAAAAGAUUAUCUCAGAGCAGCAUCUUUCUAUGCAAAGAUAAACUACAUAUUAUCAUUCGAGGAGAUCACUCUGAAGUUUAUCACUGUCAAUGAACAGGAUGCUUUGAGAACCUUUUUGUUGCGGAAACUCGACUGUCUUGCGAAGGAUGACAAGUGCCAAAUAACCAUGAUUUCAACGUGGACAACUGAAUUGUACUUAGAUAAGAUAAAUCGCCUACUGUUGGAAGAUGACACUGCAUUGGAAAAUCGGAAUUCAGAGUAUCAAUCUAUUAUUAAAGAGUUUCGUGCAUUUCUGAGUGACUCCAAGGAUGUAUUGGAUGAAGCAACCACAAUGAGACUAUUAGAAAGUUAUGGUCGAGUUGAAGAGUUGGUAUUUUUUGCUAGUCUGAAAGAACAAUAUGAAAUUGUAGUGCACCAUUAUAUUCAGCAAGGAGAAGCGAAGAAGGCACUGGAGGUUCUUCAAAAACCUUCUGUUCCUAUUGAUCUUCAGUAUAAGUUUGCUCCUGACCUAAUUAUGCUUGACGCAUAUGAAGCUGUGGAGUCAUGGAUGGCGACAAACAACCUCAACCCUAGGAAACUCAUUCCGGCAAUGAUGCGCUAUUCGAGUGAACCGCAUGCAAAAAAUGAGACGCAUGAAGUCAUCAAAUACUUGGAAUACUGUGUUCACCGUUUGCACAAUGAGGACCCUGGAGUUCACAACUUGCUUUUAUCACUAUAUGCCAAGCAGGAAGAUGAUAGUGCACUUUUGCGCUUCCUACAAUUUAAAUUUGGAAAAGGACGGGAAAGUGGCCCUGAAUUCUUCUAUGAUCCCAAGUAUGCUUUACGCCUUUGCCUUAAAGAAAAAAGAAUGCGUGCCUGUGUUCAUAUAUACAGUAUGAUGUCAAUGCAUGAAGAAGCAGUUGCUCUCGCCCUCCAGGUUGAUCCUGAGCUUGCUAUGGCUGAAGCUGACAAGGUUGAAGAUGAUGAGGACUUGAGAAAGAAGCUCUGGCUCAUGGUUGCGAAGCAUGUAAUAGAACAGGAGAAGGGGGCUAAGAGGGAGAACAUACGGAAGGCAAUAGCAUUUCUUAAAGAAACAGAUGGCCUUUUAAAGAUAGAGGAUAUAUUACCAUUCUUUCCAGACUUUGCCCUAAUUGAUGACUUUAAGGAGGCAAUUUGCUCAUCAUUAGAGGAUUACAAUAAUCAAAUUGAACAACUCAAACAAGAGAUGAAUGAUGCGACACAUGGUGCUGACAACAUCAGAAAUGACAUUAGUGCCCUUGCUCAAAGAUAUGCUGUGAUUGAUCGUGAUGAAGAAUGUGGGGUGUGUCGGCGUAAAAUAUUAACUGUCGGUAGGGAGUAUCAGUUGAGUAGGGGCUAUUCAACAGUAGGGCAAAUGGCCCCCUUUUAUGUCUUUCCUUGUGGACAUGCCUUCCAUGCACAAUGCCUGAUUGCCCAUGUUACACGUAGCACUAAUGAAGCUCAAGCAGAGUAUAUUCUGGAUCUGCAGAAGCAACUCACUCUAUUGGAUGGGGAAUCUAGGAAGGAUUCAAAUGGUCCCCUGACUGACGAAACUUUAACAAGCAUGGCUCCUGUAGACAAGCUCCGAUCACAGUUGGAUGAUGCUGUGGCGAGCGAGUGCCCAUUUUGUGGGGACUUAAUGAUCCGCGAGAUCUCUCUGCCUUUCAUUCUUCCCGAGGAACAAUAUUCAAGUACUUCAUGGGAUAUACAAUCGCGUAAUCUUGGAAACCAGAGGAGUCUUUCUUUAUCUUUGUGAUUGUACUCUGUGUGCAUGUGAGUUGUUUUCCUAGAAAGGUGUAUCUGUUGCCGGUUACAGAGCUUUUUCAUCUCUCUUUAGAACCAUCUGUUUGGUGUUGAUAGGGUUGUUAACAGUGCUCUUGUUAUUGUAAUUUCUUUUCCUUAUCAGAGGGUGCUUUUGCUUCCCCAUAUUUAUCAGGGGGUCGGCCUUCCGUAUGUAAUUACAAAAUGGCUUAGUUCUCUGCCAAAAAUACAUAGAAAGCGUUCUGUAGAUGUCUGUAUAAAUGAUUCAGUGUAAACUGACCGAAAUGAGUCAAAAGUUUGCAAUUGGCUUUGAUUAUACCU